UAUUAUAGAGAAUCUUGGAUAAAAGCCCCUUCCCACCAGGAAACAGAACAUGAACAUAUUUGCAGUGAUUGUAUCUGUAUCUGUAUCUGUGUUGAGUUAGUUUGUGUAAUUCUAUUCUAUCUCUGCUAUUGACCCUUUAUGACAAAUCCCGCUUUUGAAGGAACAUAUAGCAACCAGCAAUAUCAUAACCUUCCUUAAUUUUCUCAAAUCUAAUUGAACAGAAAGCACAAAGUUAACACCUUUACGCUCAGCCAAGCAAAAGGGUUUAACUCGUUGAAUUGAGUUAAGCCCAAUUCUCAGUGGGGAUGAAGCUUCUUGCUCUAACCUCUGCUUCUUUCUUGCCACUUCCCCUUUAUGGUUCAUCCAUUGUUGAUGUAACAAGAGUUCCUUUAUUUCCAUCUUCUUCAUACAAACGCACAUCCAGCGCAGUUUUAAGGAGAUGUGUUAACAAGGAAAAGGAAGAGGUUCUUCUAGAAGGGAUGCCAAAGGAGUACUAUGAUGAUGAAUGGCAAGCCCGACAACGUGAAAAGACCAAGGAGUGGCAUAAAAAACGCAAAGAAGAAGACGAGGAAGAAGAGAGAAAGAUUGAAGAGUAUCGUGAAAUUGGCAUGCGGCUGAAAGGAUAUCCAGAAGAAGAUGUUAUAAAAGCACGGAAAUUGGUUUCAAGCUUUAUAAGAGCUGCUGAAGAAGUGGAAGAGAAAAUUGAGGAAGCUGCUGAGAAAGGAGAACUUACCGAACUUGUUUUAAUGGUCAUAUGGAAUCGCCUUGAUCUUGCCCGGCGUGAUGAUGAAAAGGAUGCUAUAAGAAGUCUGGAUCUGUUAUACAGAAGGGUUGAGACUGAGAUCUUGAAACGAGAGGCUACCCCUGCGAUGAGAUUGCUCAAUGAUCUUUUGAUUUUGUAUGAUGGCUUUAAUUUUGAAGAGUGGCUGAAGAAUUGUAAAAAGAUCAUGAUUGAUACAUUUCCACGGGAGGAUCCAUUUAGUGUUCUUCUUCCACCUGGGUUUGAGUCAUUUGACGUAGAUAAGCAUCAAGGGCCAUUGCGACCACCACUUGAAGAUGAUGAUACUCUUUUGAGGGUGGACUUUGUAAGGGAGGUGGAUGAAUUGCUGCAAGAGGUUCGUUCUGAACAGAGUGAAGUACAGAAUGAACCAGGAUUUGAUCCUGAAUCUGUUGGAAAUAGAUUGAAACGACAGGAGAAACAACAAACAAUACGCCAAGUGGAAGCUCUGCUAGAUUUAGCCAUUGGUUUGAAAUUGUAACUAUUUGGUCCGAGCCAGCUAUUUGAUUCACAUCAGUUGAGUUAUUUGACAAUUAAUAGUUUUGAAUAUAAAUUACUAUGCACUGCGUUUGCAAUCCAAUUAGCUUCAUGGUAUGGUAUAUUUGUCUCUUCUAAAGAACAUACAAAUGUAGGCAUGGCAAUUUUGGGUGAUCCUGUAUUUUUAGAGGUACAGUUGUAUUAGAAGUUGAGUUUUGUUUUUCCUUUCCAUCCAUCUGAAUGAACAUUUCGGGUGAUCCUGUAUUUUUAGAAGUAAAAGUGUGUUAGAAAUAUAGUUUUGUUUUUCCUUUUCAUCCAUCUUAAUGUACAUUUGGGUGAUCCUGUAUUUUUAAAUCAAUAUAAACAUUAAUGGC